GUUGUGUUGCAUUGAACAUGCGCCGCCGCCUGAUGAUUUUCUUGUUUCUUUUACUUUCUUGCUUUCUUUCUUUGCUUUUGCUCGGGCCCCAAGCUACCUUCGUCUGCACCUCCUGGUGCCUUACUCUACGGGGUAUUUUCCAUCAUGCUCGGAUCACCCUCCUGUCCUACUAGACAUUUGGCUAGUUCGUAGUAGUUUAAAGCCAUGACCGACAUAGUGUUGUUUCCACAGGGCCUGAUGAAUUCCCUACUAUUGA